GAUUUUAAUGUUCCUGGACCUUCUCCCGCUCGACCUGAUAAUGAACAGGAUUUUAAUGUUCCUGGACCUUCUCCCGCUCGACCUGAUAAUGAACAGGAUUUUAUUAUUCCUGAACCUUCUCCCGCUCGACCUGAUAAUGAACAGGAUUUUAAUGUUCCUGAACCUUCUCCUGCUCGACCUGAUAAUGAACAGGAUUUUAAUGUUCCUGGACCUUCUCCCGCUCGACCUGAUAAUGAACAGGAUUUUAAUAUUCCUGGACCUUCUCCCGCUCGACCUGAUAAUGAACAGGAUUUUAAUGUUCCUGAACCUUCUCCUUCUCGACCUGAUAAUGAACGGGAUGUUAAUAUUCCUGAACCUUCUCCUACUCCUCAAUUACAUAAUCUUCGACCACGUCGAAAAAAUGUAAACUAUAAUGUUGGUACUUCUAGAAAACGCCGUAAGAAUAAUUCUAUACGACAAAGGUCAUCGUCACCAUUUCCCGCACCUUCAAUUCCUUAUUCUCCUCCAGGACCUGUAUCACCAUCUUUUAGUGAAGGUUUUUCUGAUGAUGCUGAUUAUGAUGGAACUUUGAGAGAACCAAUCUGUUUAAAUUGUUUAAUUCAUUGUCCUGAUUAA